AUGCGUUACGUACUUAAUAUCUGCCUAGCUCUUGGUAAUUCUUCAAAUGACGUGCAGCGUGCAGCUGCAGGUGCUUCGGUUCUAACGGAUAUCCGGUCCAUGAUCGACCUUGCGAUCGGCACGCCGGAGAUUGGUGUGGUGGACUUCUGCAUGCUGCACACCGUGCUGCACUGUCUGGCCCAGCAGCUGAACGCCCUGGACAAACCCGUGGAGCUGCUGGGCGGCGCCGGGCCACAGACCGUACCCGGCAGGGACAUACAGACCGUCGCCAUCACCGAGUAUAUCGUCGAGACCGUCGAGGCCGUCCCCGCUGCGCCCGCGAAACCCAAGGCAGUAAAACCGCCUUCGCCACCCAUUUCCUAUGUGGAACCCUCCGGGAUGAAGACGACGAUGCCCGAUCGACCAGGAGCCGGCUCAAGCAGAAGUAAGCAAGGAAGCCAGCUAGCAAGCAAGAGUGGUUCGGAAGGUCCACCUGAUUCUUCAUUUGGAGGCCAUGAAGAAGUUGUGAGGGGGUCACAGGCACAAGGCAAGCACAGGGAGCACAGGGAGCCCCAGCGGACGAUGUCCUCGGAGAAACUGUCUUUGGUGACGUUGAGCAAGUUCAACCUGCUGGAGAACGCUGUUCAAGACCUCAAGGAUCGCGUUUAUGGUAGUAUGCCAAAGAACGAGAACAUAUUACAGGAAGUCAGAUCUCAGACAAACAUGAAGGCAAUUACUGACAUGUGGACAAAUUUGAACGUGUCGUCCCGACUCGAAGCGGCAGAGACGGGGCUCGCUAAGCUCAGCUCCUUGGUGGAAGACCUGAUCAAGGAAGGCGGCCCGAGACCGGGGGCAAUAAGUGCGGCGUUAGUAACACCGCCAGCGACGGCGGCAGCGCCCGCGGUAGCUCCGGCGGCAGCGCCCGCGGUAUCUCCGGCGGCAGCGCCCUCGGCAGCGCCCGCGGCAGCGCCCGCGGCAGCGCCCGCGGCAGCGCCCGCGGCAGCGCCCGCGGGAGCGCCCGCGGCAGCGCCCGUGGCAGCGCCCGCGGGAGCGACCGCGGCAGCGCCCUCGACAGCGACAGCAGUAGCGCCGGCGGCAGCGCCGACGGCACUCGCUAUCCCGCAAACUGAACAAUUGCAAAAUGGACAAUUUUGGCAAUUGGAGCCUCCUUACCCAUGGGAUACCCUGGCCGCUGAGACGGCCCAAGAAAGGGACAUGAUACUGAACAAAUUGAGUCGGCUGCGCACCGACGUCGACCUUCUGAACAAAACCUUCUAUGAUGCCAUGAACAGCCUUCAGAGCAAAUUAGAUCCAAAAGAACAAAUCUCACUACCGCCACCGCCUCCGCCUGCCCCAGUAGAAGAGCCGCUUCCCCCGCGUUCUCAGCCCGUGACAGUAUUGGAGCCUCCUUACCCAUGGGAUACCCUGGCCGCUGAGACGGCUCAAGAAAGGGACAUUAUACUGAACAAAUUGAGUCGGCUGCGCACCGACGUCGACCUUCUGAACAAAACCUUCUAUGAUGCCAUGAACAACCUCCAGAGCAAAUUAGAUCCAAAGGAACAAAUCUCACUGCCGCCACCGCCUCCGCCUGCCCCAGUAGAAAAGCCGCUUCCCCCGCGUGCUCCGCCCUUGCCAGUAUCAUUACCAUAUCGACCACCAGCCACCACCGAUGGCCACAGUGCGCCGGCGUCCCGUGGGUCGGCGGGGAUAUCCUCGGCCCUCACAGACCGGCUGGCGCAGCUCGAGCGUCGCAUCAAGGAGUGCUGCGAGAGCAUGGGCAAGGGCACCGGAACCGUCCAGGAUCAGAUUAAUAAUUUCCAAGACCAACUUGAUCACCUUUUGCGUCAAGUUGGAGCUAUGCAUGAAGACCUCGGCGUACUCAAGCUGUCACCUAAUUUGGCUAAAGAUUUGGAAGGUCUGUUAGAGCUGUACCAGACGGUGCAGGACAUGCAGGCGCAGCUGCAGCAGGUGAACGACGUGGCUCGCCAGCUGGCCGGCGAGAAGGAUGACCGCCAUCAACAUAUUAAAGCACUUCUGGAACAAAUUGAAAUCCUUAAAACAAUCAAAAUGGACCGAGAAGACAUGGCGGAAGCGAUGGCUGAGAAAGCGGACCUGCGCAUGCUGGCGCGGAAGGUUUCUCACGACCAGUUUGAGAUGGCUUGUGAAGACCUCUCCAAAGGACUGGAGCACGCCCUCGGGAAGCUCAACACACAGGAAGCACUGUGGCAGCAGGUGUUAGACGACGUGCAGCGCGAGAUAGAGAGCAAGCUGGACAAAAUGGAGCUAUCUCCACUCAAGGAGUUCUUCGAAAACAAGCUGCGCUUAUUGCAAGACAAUCUGAAGCAAAUGGCGUCGUUACGUCGAAAUGUCGAGGCAGCGGGCACCAAGCGGCAAUUGCUAAGAGAGGUUAACUGCAUAUCCUGCGACGCAAAUGUCGUGAUGCCAUUAGAGAACGCCUCUGCGAUACCAAGCAAGCCUUUGCCUGCCCAUCUAUCUAUGAAGCCGUACCUCAGCUACGAACUAGAUACCAUUCGCAAGACACAGGCAAGCAACCUACCGCAGCGUAACCUGCACGACUGGGAGACCAUAGAAAAACAAAAGGCUCCCAAAGCACCUGUAAAAGUUAGAUCGGAUACGGAUAAGCACAUUUGCAACCGCUACUGCGGCGGGUCGCACACGACGACCACUCCGGCGCAGCGCGUGGCGCGCACCGGCCACUUCAUCAAGCAGUGGGGGCCGGAAGUGGUGCCGCUCUCCAGCGGCCUGGCAGCUGGCGACGACGGCAGGCUGUACAAAGUUUGCACCACGGAACACGCUAACGUUGGUCCAGGUGGAUCAGUGGACCCGAAUUGCCCGAAAAAGCAGAAGUCGCCGGAACCUUCCAAGACGCUGCCGAAGGCGCCAGUCAUAAAUCUAAACAAGAAGGUACUUAAUCCUAUUUCACGCAUGUUUGUCAACCACAUCAUGCGACCUAUGUCAAUUAUAUGA